AUGAUCGCUUUGCAGGACAGUUCAGGACGAGUGCGAGCAAUCUGCGAACUUGAACCAUACAAUGAAGACGACGAAAAUGAUUCCAAUCAGGAGAUGAUUGAUGCAAAAGGAGAAGAGGCUCGAAGCGAUUCUGAUGAUCAGUCAGUAUCUGAGAUAUGCGCUUCUGGCCUAGCCAAUCGCGGUGCAGUUUGCACGAGCGGACAGGCGGACUACCUAGCGAAAUUUAAGCCUGAGAAUGCAGGGCCUUCGGCUGUUACUUUGGAGGCUAGAGGAGUCUUCAAAGAUAAGCGGGUUUUAACGACUCGGUGGCAUUCAAACGAACACUUGAAUCAGCUCACCAAUGCGCUUAGGCAGAAGCAGCGCAGCGAGGUAAUCCUUUAA